AUGGCUCCCGUUGCCAUCACUCCCAUCUCUCCCCCUUCGCCCACCUUGGACGACACAUCCAAGUUGACCAAGGCCGGGACGCAAACCAUCUUGUCCGAGACCGUCUCCAACAGCUCACCUGCCGUUGCUGAUCUCGAUGCCUCGAAACUGAUCUUCACCCCGAACCUGAACCCCAAGAGCGUUCCUGCACCGAAUUCGCCGGAAGUAUGGUCUCAAAACUACACCACCGACCAUAUGCUCACUGCUCGCUGGACCGAGCAAUCGGGAUGGGAGGCUCCUGAAAUCCGACCAUAUGGACCUCUUUCAAUCAUGCCUACAGCCUCCGUCCUGCACUAUGCAACCGAGUGUUUCGAAGGACUCAAAGCAUACCGAGGUGCCGAUGGCAAGGCCCGUCUAUUCCGACCCGAUCGAAAUGCUCGACGAUUCCUCCAAUCAGCCACUCGCAUCUCCCUCCCAGGCUUCCCGCCUGAGGAGUUCCUGAAACUCCUCAAGAAGUUCGUUGGCACUGAGGCUCCCAAGUGGAUCCCAGAACCCGGCCAGUUCAUCUACAUCCGGCCGACGAUGAUCGCCACGGCACCGGCCCUAGGCGUACAGAAACCGCGUGAAGCACUCCUCUAUAUCAUGAUGGUUCUCUUCCCACCCCUGGACGAGCCUUCUCCUGCUGCUGCCGUCCCCAAAAGUCUACCCGCACCAUCCACGCAGACACCGACACAAGAAACGAAACGUCCUGCAGCGGGCAUGCGCCUCCUCGCCUCGAGUCACGACAUGAUCCGCGCCUGGCCCGGCGGCUUUGGCAACGCCAAAGUCGGCGCCAACUACGGCCCCUCAUUGGUGGCCCAAGGCGAAGCCCGAUCCCGCGGCUACGACCAGAUCCUGUGGCUGUUCGGUGACGAAUGUUUCGUGACGGAAGCCGGAGGCAGCAACUUCUUUGUUCUAUGGAAGACCCCUGAGGGCCGCCUUGAACUCGUGACCGCGCCGCUCGGCGAUGGCGUCAUCCUGGAGGGCGUCACUCGUGCUAGUGUCCUCGACCUGGUCCGCCGCACGAGGCCAGACAUCGAUGUCGUGGAGCGCAAAUUCACCAUGCAGGAGCUCCUGAAGGCCGCCGAUGAGGGUCGCUUGCUGGAGGCGUUUGGUGCAGGCACGGCGUUCUUCAUUGCGCCUUGUUCGGAUAUUCAUUUCCGUGGAGUCGACCUUGUGCUGCCUCUUGGGAAGGGGGUCCUUGCUGAUUUCGCCAUGGGGAUCAAGAAGACUCUGAAGGACAUCAUGUAUGGAAAUGAGCAGCAUGAAUGGGGAGUUGUUGUGGAGGAGGAAAAGCUUUGA